AUGGUGGGCAGCAGCGACGGGGACUCGCUGGCCUUCUCUGCCUUUGCGGAGGCUCGGUCGCCCGACGGCGUGCCUGUGCGCUCUAGAGCGGAGGUUCGGCUUUGGGCUGGUCGGUUAGGUUUGAGCCUGGAGGUGGCCCAUGCAGGGGGCGAAGAGAUGGAAUGGGAAGAGGAAGAGGAUGACGCAGCCGCAGCUGACGAGCGCCGCGCGAAGCGGAGCCGCAUCAUCCCGCUACCGCUACCACACGUUGGUCUGCAAGGUAACCUAGGCUGCGAGGAGGGAGCGGCAGCCCGCGACGUCCAGGACGGCACACAAGCCAUCACAUUCGACAAGACAGGCGUCCGCUUGGAGACGACAGGCUUCUCUGUCGUGCAAUCAGCAGUGGCAGGACCCGUGAUGCAGUUCAAAGCCCUCGCCCCGACCGAAAUAUCAUUGCAGCCAGGCGAGACUGUCUCCGGCAGCCUUCAGCUGACCCUCUGCUAG